AAACAGCUCGUCAACCACCUCGGUAGCUAGCUAGCCAACAUAGCCGAACGAUUCAAGCUAUUUAUACGCUUUCGGUGUAUAUUAGCUGCUGUGUUUUCGACACACUUAGGUUGUAUCUACUUGUUAACCUAUUUAAUAUUACGUUAUUUUGUAUUAGUCAGCUACAGUAGCUGGCUGGUUAAAUUAGCACUAGCCUAGUCGCUAAUGAUAGCUAGCUAGGUAACAUCCCUGAACAUGAGCUCCCUAAACAUCUCCCCUCAUGUUAAAGAAGAGGGGGUCUGCUGGACGGAGAAAGAAGCUCUGGGGCUGAACAUUGUCGUGAAAGAGGAGAAGGAAGAAGAGGAUAUCACAGUAAAAAUAGAAGUAGAGGGUGAGGCUGUUACAGUGAAAGAAGAAGAGAUAGACGUUUCAGUGAAAGAAGAGGAAGACGCGUUCAGAGUGAAAGAGGAGGAGGAAGAGAAAGAGGAGGAUGUUACAGUAAAAGAAGAGGAGGAAGAGAAAGAGGAGGAGGCAGUUUUUGGAGUGAAGAAGGAAGGAGAGAUUACUGUCACAUUGAAAGAUGAAGAGGAGGAGAUAGGAGAUCUGAUUAACACCAGAGAAAGACGUGACUAUCGUGGAUCCUCUGGGGCGCCUCAACAACAUCAUGAUGCUGACGAGGCAGAGAAGAGUCUCUCCAGAUCAGAACUCCUCAAGAAACACCAGCAGAGACCCACAGGAAAGAAAUCUCACUGCUGCUCUGACUGUGGGAAAAGAUUCAACUACUCAUCACACCUUAAAAUACAUCAAAGAAUUCACACAGGAGAGAAACCUUAUAGCUGUGAUCAAUGUGGGAAGAGUUUUAUUAAAUCUAGCCAACUGACUGAACACCAGAGAACACACACAGGAGAGAAACCCUAUAGCUGUGGUCAAUGUGGGAAGAGUUUUUCUUCUUCUAGCUAUUUAACUAUACACCAGAGAACACACACAGGAGAGAAUCCGAGCUGUGAUCAAUGUGGGAAGAGUUUUUCUACUUCUAGCCGCCUAACUGUACACCAUAGAACACACACAGGAGAGAAAUCGUAUAGCUGUAAUCAAUGUGGGAAGAGUUUUAGUCAAUCUAGCUCUCUGACAGUGCACCAGAGAAUACACACAGGAGAGAAGUCGUUUAUCUGUGAUCAAUGUGGGAAGAGUUUUGUUCGAUCUGGCCAUCUGACAGUGCACCAGAGAAUACACACAGGAGAGAAACCUUAUAGCUGUGGUCAAUGUGGGAAGAGUUUUUCUACUUCUAGCUAUCUAACUAUACACCAUAGAACACACACAGGAGAGAAACCUCAUAGCUGUGGUCAAUGUGGGAAGAGUUUUUCUUCUGCUAGCUAUCUAACUAUACACCAUAGAACACACACAGGAGAGAAUCCGUGCUGUGAUCAAUGUGGGAAGAGUUUUUCUACUUCUAGCUAUCUAACUAUACACCAGAGAACACACGGGAGAGAAACCUCAUAGCUGUGAUCAAUGUGACAAGAGAUACUCUGAUAAAAGAUCUCUGAUCAAAUAUCAGAAAAUUGAUAUAUGAAGGAGUUGUUUCAUGAUAUCAAUGAAUUAAUGUCACAAUGUAGAAUGUUUUAACAUUGUAGUAGGAGUAUUUAAAUGUCUCAAUAUAGAAUGUUUUAAUAUAUAGUAUAUUAAUAUACUCUACAGUCAGUCAGUCAGAAUGUCACAAUGUAAAACCCUAAACGUUUGCCCCCUUAUCAAUUGGUUUCAACAUGAUAUGGAUAUUAGGUUCAUUGGGGGAAAUCCAGGCUCUGAAUUGGAAGAGUAUUAUUUAUGUGAUUUAACACAAAGUGACUAACGAAAAAAGAGUUGUCCUCUAACCAGUAAUGUACACAUUAUUCCCCGAAUCAAUUGAUUUCAACAUGAUAUCGAUGAGUUAUGACAAAUAAGUGUUGUGUUCCUUUGUUUAGCGACCCCUAAAUUUAAAUGCAUCACUCCAAUAUGUAGCUGACUGUCUUCUGCAGGUUGUCCUCUAACCAGUGAGCUAAAAGAUAUCUCCCAUUUCCAUGUGUUUUUUUUAGUUGUGUUAGUUUCAACAGCAAGUACAACCUGAUUUCCCCCCUAAUCGAUAUCAGUGAUUUAUUGCUACUUGUCAAAACAACAGCGUUUUUGGUGCUUGUGUCCAUGGUGAGGACAACUUGGUUUCUGAUUGUCUCAAAGUUGGGCAGUCAAAAAGAUUUGUGUUUUGUGUUUAGCCAGUGCGUUCCAUGGAUCACAAAUUAUUUUGACUUUCCGUAUUAGAGAUUAGUUUUGUUUGGGCUCGUGAGUUUUAGAAAAAUACACGUUAUUUUUCUUGUUUUUAAUUGUUGACAGCCAGUUAUUAUAGUUAUUAUCAUUUUUAUAUUGGUGAAGGUGAAGCUGAUUAUAGUUUGUAUUGUAGUUGAUUAUAAUGUGAAAUGGAAGUUGUUUUCUGUUGUUGGUGAGCAAACUCUUAAGGUGUUAGUUAGUCUUUUGUUUUCCCAUUUAUGUUUUGAGGUUGGACUUUAGCACGUAUAGCUCGUUAGCACGUAGGACGCACUGAUUGGAGUCACCUCGUUAGUCAGUAUGUGUUACACCUGUGCUGGCUUGUCCAUCUCGUUAUUGGGAAGGUGUUUCACCUGAGCUGGUCCAGGUUCUAUUUAAGAGUGUCUGGCCCAGUGCUCCAGUUGUCUUGAUAGAUGUAGAGAGUCAACACUUUUAGUUGCUCCACUUUUUUGGUUUGCUUCUUGUCUGUAAGUUUGGUGUGGGUUUUUCUUUUGUUUGCCUCAUCUUGGGCAGAUUUAGUGGGUCUCAUGGUGGGUGUCUUUUAGGUCCCAGUUGUUGUUACUAGUCUACUUUCAGUUGACACUGAGAGCAAAACUGCAACAUUAUGUUAUAAUACUUUUAUUGCAUCAAAUGGUUGUUUUAGGCAACAGAAUAGAGGGUUCUUAGAACUAUAGUGUCUGUGUUCUACUGAGGAUGGGCCUCUGGGAGAAAACACUGACAGGAGAUUUACAAUGUCUUUUGGGUGAUAAAACCUAAAGAGACUGCAUUUCAGAGCAUGAGUUAAUGUUUCUGUUCUAUAUGGUAUCAGGGAGAGAUGACCCCAGGGCCAGACCCUGGUCUCUACACAAAGAGGACUGUUUUUACAGCAGAUACUGUCUUCUGAGAAUUAUAAGUAUCUUUUAUACAAAUCUUAACCUUGUGACCCAUUCUAUACGUCUGUUGUUCGUCAUGUAGGUUGAAAGGGGUGUAUCUUGGCUGUAAAAGACCUUUGUACUUUUGUCUCGUGGCUCUCAAUGAAUCAGCUGGGGGUGAUUCGUCAACCAGCCAUCAUUAUCGUAGAGCACUCAAUUGAUUCACUUUAUAUGUGUGCAUUGUAUUGAUCUGCU